AUGGCAAGACUCACUGAUGAUGCCGGCGAAACGUCUGGGAAUGUACCACGUCCGCGGUCCUACUCUGAAAAUGAUCAUGCCUACUAUGGACUCCGGACCAGGUGUGUUACUCUAAGUCUUUCUACCAAUGUGGUCAAGUUGCGAAGACAAGGUCAAUCAACUUCUAUGAAAAUCAUUGUUUGGCUGUCUGAAAUCUGGCUGUCUAUGUGCCCCCAUUCCCGUUCUCGAUUACGCCAUAUUAGAUCAGAUGAUGCACAUGUCAGUGCCUGGUAA